CAGGGAGGCGGGGGAAGGCGGCAGGUGAGCGAGGCGGCGGCAGGGAUGGAGCCCGCGGCGUCAGAGAGAGGCGAGGAGGAGGAGGAGGGCUAUUAGCAGCGACGGACGUCAGGGGAGGAGGUGGCGGCACGGACUGGCCCGCCGCAGGGAGGGACCGCGGGCUAACCGCGAGGGGACAGCGCCGGACCCGGAUCCAGGCGCCGCGGCAGGAUGGGCAACGGCGACUCCAAGCUCAACUUCCGAAAGGCGGUGAUCCAGCUCACCACCAAGACCCAGCCUGUAGAGGCAACAGAUGAUGCCUUCUGGGACCAGUUCUGGGUAGAUACAGCUACUUCAGUACAAGAUGUCUUUGCCUUAGUUCCAGCCGCAGAAAUCAGAGCCGUGAGGGAAGAAUCUCCUUCAAAUCUGGCUACUUUAUGUUACAAGGCCGUGGAAAAGCUGGUGCAGGGAGCUGAGAGUGGCUGCCACUCUGAGAAGGAAAAGCAGAUUGUCCUGAAUUGCAGCCGCUUGUUGACUCGCAUCCUGCCCUACAUAUUUGAGGAUGCUGACUGGAGAGGCUUCUUUUGGUCAACUGUUCCUGGGGCUGGGAAAGGAGGGGGGGACGAAGAUGAUGAAAAUGCUAGGCCUUUGGCUGAAUCAUUGCUUCUGGCUGUUGCAGAUUUGCUCUUCUGUCCUGAAUUCACAGUCCAAAGUCAUCGAAAAAACAAUGUGGAUACAGCUGAGGAUAUUCAUGCGAUUGAUAGUUGUGAAUACAUCUGGGAAGCUGGUGUUGGAUUUGCUCAUUCUCCGACACCCAGCUACAACCAUGAUUUAAAUAGGUCAGAGCUAUUGAAACUCCUGCUAACGUGUUUCUCUGAAGUCAUGUAUCUGCCACCCUCCUCAGAAAGCAGCAACACUAACCCCUGGGUUCAGUUCUUCUGUUCCACUGAGAACAGGCAUGCACUACCACUGUUCACUUCCCUCUUGAAUAUCAUCUGUGCUUAUGAUCCAGUGGGCUACGGAAUCCCUUAUAAUCACUUGCUCUUCUCGGACUAUCGUGAACCCUUGGUGGAGCAGGCUGCCCAAGUCCUGAUAGUCACACUGGACUAUGAUACGUCCACCAGCUCCAGUCCCACAGUAGAUGGCACUACUACUGGAACUGUCAUGGAUGAUGCAGAGCCUCCAGGACCAGACAACCUCUUUGUGAAUUACCUGUCUAGGAUACACAGAGAAGAGGAUUUCCAAUUCAUUCUAAAAGGAAUGGCCCGGCUGCUUUCCAAUCCACUGCUUCAAACAUACUUGCCAAACUCUACCAAAAAAAUCCAGUUCCAUCAGGAGCUCCUGGUUCUCUUCUGGAAACUGUGUGAUUUCAACAAGAAAUUUCUCUUCUUUGUGCUGAAGAGCAGUGAUGUCCUGGAUAUCCUGGUGCCAAUUCUCUUCUUUUUGAAUGAUGCCAGAGCUGAUCAAUCUCGGGUAGGACUUACGCAUAUUGGUGUCUUCAUCCUGUUGUUGCUUAGUGGGGAGAGAAAUUUUGGAGUUCGCCUGAACAAGCCUUAUUCUGUGCGGGUACCAAUGGAUAUUCCUGUAUUUACAGGAACACAUGCUGAUCUUCUCAUCAUUGUCUUUCACAAGAUCAUAACUAGUGGGCACCAGCGACUGCAGCCCCUCUUUGAUUGCCUCCUUACCAUAAUUGUGAAUGUAUCGCCAUACUUGAAGUCUCUUUCUAUGGUAGCUGCUAACAAACUGCUGCACUUACUGGAAGCCUUUUCAACUACUUGGUUCCUCUUCUCCACUGUCCAGAACCAUCAUCUUGUCUUCUUUUUGCUGGAGGUUUUCAACAAUAUUAUCCAAUACCAGUUUGAUGGCAAUUCCAACUUAGUCUAUGCCAUUAUUCGCAAGCGAAACGUGUUCCACCAGCUGGCCAACUUGCCUACAGAUGUGCAGUCCAUCCAGAAAGCUCUGCAGCGCAAAAAGAAAGCUCCCGAAACCAUAUCUCGUACCAACUCUCAGGACGGGGUGUCCAUGGAAGGGUCGCGACCUGCUGCACCUGCUGAGCCUGGGACACUGAAGGCCAGCCUAGUAGCAACUCCAGGCAUUGACAAACUCACAGAGAAAUCCCAAGUGUCAGAGGAUGGAACAAUGUGUUCCCUAGAGCCAGAGUCUUCACAGUCCCCAGUAGAGGGCAGCCCUUCGGGCAUUGUCAGUGAUACCGAAUCUUGGAGUGGGGAAUCGUUACAGCCCAAGCGUGAUCAAUGGCGCUUGUCCAGCACAUCCUCAAGUGGGCAGUGGAAUCCAACUUCUGAAUGGGUGGUGUCCUGGAAGUCAAAGCUGCCUCUUCAGACAAUCAUGCGGUUGUUACAGGUUCUGGUUCCCCAAGUAGAGAAGAUAUGCAUUGACAAGGGCCUCACUGAUGAGUCUGAAAUUCUGAAGUUUUUGCAACAUGGCACGCUCGUAGGGCUACUCCCUGUGCCCCAUCCAAUACUGAUUCGCAAAUAUCAGGCUAACUCUAGUACUGCCAUGUGGUUUCGUACCUACAUGUGGGGAGUUAUUUAUUUGAGAAAUGUGGAUCCUCCCGUCUGGUAUGAGACUGAUGUAAAGCUGUUUGAAAUUCAGCGCGUCUAAAGAAUGGGAAGAGUCAACGACCUUGCCUCUUUUAAACACUGGAAACAAGGAUCUUGCUGUGCGCUUCUACAUCACAGCUACUCCUUCAUUUCACUGCCUGCUGAAUGAAGCAAAGGACAAUUGCUUCCCUUUACAUAUCUGCCACUUUAAAGCUAAGAGACCCAACCCUAAUGACCUGCUUCUAGCUUCUCAAGGAAUGUUAACAGAAGAAUGUGCUAGGACGGGCAGCUUUGGUGGUUGUUGUAACUAUGUUUUAUGCUGAUGUUUCUGGGGUAAUUCUGAACCUGACUAGGUAACCUGAGAAGCCUCACUCUCUAGUCAGAUUCAGACUCUAAAUUGAAAAGAAAAACUGAAUGUAAAGAGUGGUAAAACUGGACCAAUGAAGGAAGUGCUACUUCAAGUAGUUCUAUGGUUCUUUCCCAAAGAAUUUAGCCCAGCCCUUUCGUGUUGCGGGUAUUUUUGACAUUGUACUGAGUCAGAAUGGGGCAGUAGCUUAAUUUACUUACUUAGAUGACCUUAGGGGUCUAUUUAUUUAAACUUUUCAGCUUUUUUUGGGGUUUGGUUUUCACUUUUUUUUCUUUUGAAAUGCAUUCAGCUUCUUUGUACCUGAUGCUGUAAUGUAGCAUCUAAAUUCCAAUUUCCCUCCUCCCUCUUGGUUGAAGAUGGAUGAGUGUCAAAGUCCAUCAUAUAUCCUCUUUCAUCUGUGUUUAAUGCAAGCCUGGAAAGGAAGCUAUGCUUAAUGCUUUGCUUAAUAGGGCAGCAUAAACUGAAAAUUGCUCUGUGGUGGGAGUCGUUUAUCUCCUCUGGUACUUUCCAGCUUCCUGUAGCUCCAUUUCUUGGAAAGAAGUGUUGCAAAACUAGGUGACCUACUGUGGAACUCCUCAAAAUGGUAGGAGGGACUAAACAUGUGCUAUUUUUCAGGAGUUCAGAGGGAAUAUUUCUGUUGCAUCAAAUGUGAAAAGCCACUCGUUGGCAGUAUGAUAAUUGAAGUAGUGUUGAAUUACUCAGGAGGAUCCCUGGUUUGGCUCGUUGUUAUGGCUGACUGAGUUAGACUGUAACAGAUUCAAGGUAAAACAAAAGUUAGCAAUUUAUAUCAAGCAGAGUUCUUGAGGGAUUGGCGUGGACUAAUCAUUAGAUUUCAGGGCUCGCAUCAUGAGACUAACAGCGCUAUUCAGAGGGGGCCAAAUCCCCCUCUGGGUGUGCCCUCUCCGGGGCACUUAUUCUGGCGGAGGGGCAAAUCCACUGGCGCCUGGCCACUGCGGUGCCUUGUGACACCCAGCCACGACACCUGGCCUUGUGCUGGUGCUUGCACAUCACUCCACGCUACAGCGGCAUUCGGGGGGGUGUGUGUGGCUAACCUUAGUCGGCCUCCAGACCCCCCUGGGCCCUUGAAUGCUGCUGGAGCUACUGGCAGAGGUACGCCAGGCAUAUCUAUUCUCCCCAUAGGGGAGUUGGAUGGAAUGGCACUGCAGGAGUGUGUAGACUGGCACAUAGAAUGUCUGUGGAGUGGGUAGAAUGGCGUUCAAGUGGCGCCGUCCUCAUCUGCCUGAGCUCUGGAUUGUGCUGUUAGUUACCUGGUUGUCAUGAUGCAAGUAAAUAUCCCUCCGCAAAUGUGGGGCCACAAAACAACUUUCUCUCAUUUCAGCCUUCUCCCUCUCUUUAUUUAACCAUUCUGCCCCACUGAGAGAAGUCAAUAACUUCCUUGAAUACCUUCCAUCUCUCAAAGAUGAUGGCUCUGGUAAGGGGGCUGCCUGAAGGUACCGUUGUAUCUUGCCAGCAGGUGGGAAGGUUUUCCCUGUCAGACAUGGGUCUCUCUGUCCUCCCCAUCCCUCCGCACACACAUUCACACGCACACACUCUUUGUGAUCUCACAUCUUUUUGUUUUGUGAUUGUGUAUUUUCCUUGUGAAUUUAACAAGAGUUUUACAUUCUCUGGUGUUGCAGGUCUGAUCUUUGUUCAAAUUUGCACUGUAAACUAUUUGCUUUACAUAUGGAGAUAAAAUUAUCUUAAACACUGCAACUGGCUUUACUCAGUCUGUAUCAGAAGAGGUUUAUGAGCUUGUUACUGUUUGAUUUAUGACGAUCUGGCAUCCUUUCCAACAUGUAUUUUUCCAUUAAAGGCAUGGCUGCACAGGUA